AUGGAAUCUUUCAAGGACUCAGACCCAGUUCAAGAACUAUAUCAGGAAAUUGAAAAUCUUAUAGAUGGAAGCACAUUAAAGGAGGCCUCGUCCAUAAAAGAGAAUGAACAGACUUUUGAACGGCCUAUCUUGAUCGAAAGUGAUAGUGACGAAAUGGAAGAGAUGGAGGUUCCAAUGCCAUCAGCAAUGCAUACAUUAUCGACGUGCCAUCAGUGCGGUAGACCCAUGGUGGGCUCUGAUAGCAAUGUGUGUGCCAACUGCUACAUACCUAAAAAGCAAAGACCUCGAUCAAGGUCGUUUACGCUUGAUAUUGGUCAAAUUGCAGAUAAAAUAAAGCAGUCGUUACAGUUACCUAGUCCUAGUCAUAGUAUGACCCGAAGAAAAAGUAUGCCGCAUAUGAACAAUGAUCAGCAUUUAGAACCACCGUUGAGCAGACCGAGCAGUAGGGCUUCCUCAUUCAUUGAAGAUGUCAAGCAAUUUUUGGCUCCUCUGAGCAGAAAAUCAAGUAGGACAUCAUUAUUUCAAGAAUUCCAAAGGGAGGCACAGCUGGAAAGAAAAGGCAGCCAUAGUUCGAUACUGGAUGCUAUCAACAUCUGCAAGCCAAAACGUAAUAGUUUCAGCUAUGAAAGGAGAGUGAUUCAAGAUGAUGAUAAUGACGAGAUGAUGAACGAGAUCAUGGAUUUAAAUAGACAGAAAAUACCUUCUUUGAGACGAAAGCAGAUGAAACAAGUAGAAUCACGCGAAGAACGAAUGCAUAUCUACAAUACUGCUUACUUUCAAUGCAUGGAGACAAAGACUGGGUUGAUGCCUUGGAUUACAAAGCAAGCUCAAAAAGGCCCUCCUGAUGACUGGUUUGGCUACACACCUCCACCUAAGCAGCCUAAAAAGUUCUUGGGUAUCUUUAAACGUAAAACCAAGACUAACGAUCUAAGGGCACAACAGAUAGCAUUAAAUGAGGAAUUACUGAGCCGGUUACCAUCUCUUUCUUCCAACUCUGUUUACAAUACAUCCCCUGUAGACUUUGAGCAAUCUUAUGAUCCCGAAGAGGAUGAAGAAGAAAUACAACAACAACAACAACCAGAAGAAUAUGAACAGGAAGUGUACGACACAAGCUAUUCAUCUUCUACCGUGACUGAUAUCCCUACCCCUCAACCUAUCUCUAUACUGAAAAAAUCAAACUCUAAUCGAAACAUAUACGAUGAUUAUUAUUAUCAGGAACCACUUUACCACGAACGAGAAGAAUUCGACAUGAUACCCUCAGAGCUAGAUUAUAUCAAAAAGAAACCAAGCCGUAGGUCGAGAACCCCUGAAUAUAUCGACUAUCUUGACGGGCCACAACAACGAAGCAGUAGACGACCAAGCACGUAUUCCAACGCCAACGGAGCGUACUAUUCACAGCAACAACAACAGCGACGGUCGUUUCACAUGGAUGAAGAAGACGAAGAAGAAGACGAUUAUUAUUACUUACCUCCUAUGGCUUUAAGAAAUAGUAGUAGACGAUACCACCAAAGAUCUAGUAGAAGAAGAAGCAACAAGGUCUCAUCGGAAUAUAUACCACCUUAUAUGAUGGAAGACUGGGAAAUAGUGCUGGAUGAUCUCUGUGAGAUCUUUCCAAGGUUAGACCGUCAUUACAUUCAUAAAUUCCUUGUGUCAGCGCACGGUGACUUUGACACUGCUAAAGAGAUGAUUAUGAAUAUGAUUAUGGAAAUGCAAUAA